UACGACUUCCAUCGACCACCAUGAACUCGAAGGUUGUGCUUCUUGCAUGCUUGGCGGCUGCCUUGGCAUCCUGUAGUCGACCUUCUUACCGACCCCCACCCCGACCUUCCUACAGUACACCUCGGCCUGCCUAUCAGCCUCCAGUCCCCAUCUACGCUUCCCCCCAACCCCUCUACCGACCCCCCCAGCCGACCUACGAUGACGGAUCCUCUGAGGAGAAGGAGAAAGGCGAACCCUAUGAAUUCGAGUUCGCCGUCGAGGACCCCUACAACGGACUGGAAUUCGGCCACAAUUCGGAAUCGGACGGCAACGUCGUGACCGGCGAAUACCACGUCCUCCUUCCGGACGGUCGUACUCAGAUCGUCUCUUAUACGGCCGACCACUACAGCGGAUACAAGGCUGAGGUCACUUACGAAGGAGAAGCCCAGUACCCGGAACCACAGAAGUAUUCACCACCACCACAACAACAGUAUUCACCUCCACAACAACAGUAUUCACAACCUCCAAGACAACAGUAUUCGCAACCCCCACGGCCCCGUUACCAGAAGCCUAAACCUAAGAAACCUCGCAACAGAUAUCAGCCCCCGACUUCCACUUACGGUUAAAAUAACCCCUCUCAUAGAAAAUGGGAAUUGAAGGGGUGGGGGGGUUACUGUAACAUUUAUUUACGGUGAAUAUUUGCAAUGAAUUAAUCAGGUUUUAACUGUAACAUUUAUUUAAGGUGAAUAUUUACAGUGGAUUCAUCGGGGUUUAUGUAGUUUCUGGAUGAUUUUUCGAUGAAUUAUUUAUGUAAAUCACGCAAUUCACUAAAUUCCAAAGGAUACUUCUCACAUUUACAAAAAGUUAAAUUAUUCUGAACAUGGAAUUCAUUCGAAUUCGUGUUGUUUACGGAAUUAAAUUAUAUACAGACAACUCAAAAUGUAGCAAGUAAUUUUACACAUUCAUUGUUUCAUUUAUAUUUAUCAGGUAGGAUUAAUUUAUAUACACUUAUGAAUCUUCAAAUAACGAAAAUUCUGCUAUACCAUUUGUUCCCAAUGGACAUUUUUUUUUCUUUUUUAAUUCCCUGAAGACUACAAUUCAUUUCGUGAAACAUAUUUCUCUUAGAAUGCCACAAAUAACUGCACGAUUUUCUGCAACGUUUAUACCAAUUCAGUUGCAAAAUAGAGCUUUUCGUGGUCGGUGGAAAUAGAUUUCAGACGAUUAAGUCCCUCUGGUGACUUAUAUUACAAAUAAAACGGAGGUUAUCAGUCAUUCUGAAUGUACCCUAUUUCGAUUUGU